AUUUCUUGUGCUGUGUCCUUGACCACAACAAAGAAAGACACCAUGCUUUAUUCCUCAAAUUAUGCCAAAUAGGUUUCAACUCCAUCAUGGCAAGCAUUCGCAGCUACCCAGUUCUCUCCCGUCGAAGCACUCUGGCUUCCUUACCCCCAGAGUCUACCAUUGACGCUCAAGCCCAGAUUGCGCGGCUUCUCGCAACCACCUCUCCCAGCCGUCUCGUCGUGCUGGACGACGACCCCACCGGCACGCAAACCUGCCAUGACGUCGCCGUCCUCACCGUCUGGGAUAUUGAUACCCUCGUCCACGAGUUCCGCCAGCCCUCCCGCGGGUUCUUCAUCCUAACCAAUUCGCGCGCCUUCCCCGCCAGCGAAGCGGAACCCCUGAUCCGCACCAUCUGCGCCAACGUCGCCGAAGCAGCCCGACGUACCGAUCAAAGCGUGGACAUUGUACUCCGCGGUGACAGCACUCUGCGCGGCCACUUCCCCCUGGAAGCCGACGUCGCACAAUCCGUGUUCGGCCCCGCCGCAGCCAUCAUCCUAGCGCCCUUCUUCUUCCAAGGCGGCCGCUUCACCAUCGAUGAUGUGCACUACGUCGUCGAUGGCGAGGACGCUCUCGUCCCGGCGGGCGACACCCCAUUCGCACGGGAUGCCACCUUCGGAUUCCAGAGCUCCAAUCUCCGGGACUACGUGAUGGAGAAAGCCGGCCCCGGCCGGUUCACGCCGCCGGAAAUCCAUUCGAUCACGAUCGAGGACAUCCGUCUAGGCGGGCAGGAAGUGGUCUGCGAGAAGAUCCUGCGCAUCCCGGAGGGCCACGUGGUGAUUGUGAACGCAGCGGCGGAGUCGGAUAUGCAUGUUUUUGUUGCAGGGUUACUCUUGGCCAAAUCCCACUCCCCAUCCGGCACAAAGCAAAAGCAAUACCUCCACCGCACCGCCGCCUCGUUCGUCUCCACCCGUCUCGCCAUCCCCACUCUCCCCCCACUAACAGCAACCGCCCUGGGCCUCUGCCCGCGAACUCCCACUACCGACAGCAACAGCAACAGUAACAGCAAUAGUCCAGGCGCCUUCAUCCUCGCAGGCUCCUACGUCCCCAAAACCACCGCGCAACUGAACUGUCUAACCACCCGCCACGGCCCCAAUGGCACAAACUCCCUCGCCAUCCUCACCCUUGACGUCCCCGCCCUUCUCCACUCUUACACCGAUCCUGAUCUGCACACAAAAACAAUCGCAUCUCUCAUCCACGAAGCCCAAACCUCCCUCCUAGCCGGGAAGGACACCCUCGUAAUGACAAGCCGGGACCUCGUAACCAGCCCCAACACCGGCGGGCAGCAGCAGCAGCAGCAGCAGCAGCAGGAGCAAGAGGAGGAGAAUCCCAAUCUCAAUCUCCAAAUCGGCAGCCGCGUAGCCGGGGCAAUGGUCGAGGUGCUGAGGGGGGUGGUGCAGCGGGUCAGGCCGAGGUACAUAAUUGCUAAGGGCGGCAUCACGUCUUCCGAUGCGGCGACGAAAGGACUCGGAAUCAAACGCGCCAUGGUGGUGGGGCAGGCGGCGCCGGGGGUGCCGGUGUGGCGCUGUAAUGAGCCUACCUCGCGACAUGCGGGGAUUCCGUUUGUUGUGUUUCCGGGGAAUGUUGGUGGGGAGGAGACGUUGUCUGACUUGGUUGAGGCGUGGAGUUGACCAACCAUUUCCACUAAGGUACAUCAAGGCCAAGGGCGGAUGCCGACUAUUUACAGCACACAAGUACUAUCCUAGAAGCUUGGAGACAAAACCGAGUGAAU